CUGAUAUGAAACACUAUAGAGAUUCUGUUAGUCCUCAGGUUCGACAAUUCAUUAAACAGUUCCAUUCUUGUCAGAAAGAAUAGAAGCAAGAUAAAUAAACGAGUACAGAGGAAAGCAACUCAUCAUUAAUCGAUGAAGGAUAGGAUGAUAUAAAUAAAAAGGAAGUGUUCCUGAGAUUGCCAAAUGAAGAAGUGCAGGAGAAUAGAUAACCUUAUUUAAAAAUAUCAAAGACUCCCACUGUUUGCUCAAAUAGCAAUUCUCUUUCUAGCAUUGAUCAAGAUAGAUAUGUUGAUUUCAUAGUCUAGAAAGUAGUGGAAGAAAUGGAAAGGAGGAACUAGAGUAAACGAUAACCCAUGUUGAGCAUUUAAUAAAAUACAGUUCAAGUCAAGAUAGCUCCGAAAAGUGAGUAGGACUAUUUUGAUGAUGAUUCAUUCAUUCGUCACAUGUAAUGAUUAAGUGUAUUGAUUAGACAACAAACCCUAUUGAAUCCUCAUCAUACACCAAGGAAAGUUCAUAAUUUUGAGAGCUUCGAUUAGCGAUAGAAACAAUUCUAAAUUUAGCGAGAACAGAAAUUGCAGAAACAAAGAGAGGCACAAUAAUUGACUAAGUUAGUGGAUGAAUUCAAGUGCUACUUAAUACGAACAAGAAAGAGUGGAGGAUUUUGA